CCGGGCCACAGAGCAAGACUCCGUCUCAAAAAAAAAAAAAAAGUUCCUAAAAAGCAGAAAAACCAGGGCUUUUUCUGCUUUGCUACUGAGAUAAUCCUUUGAACCAAAGAAGCCAGAGAGACAAGGGAAUCUAGAUUUUCAGAGAACAGUAAUUUGAUUCAGCCCAAUUCACUUGUUCAUUUAAUAAAUAUUUGUUAAAUGCCUACUGUGUGCCUGGCUGGAGAUUCAGCAGUGAUAGCUCCAACCUCACUGGCCUGCAUGUUCCUCAAACAUACGUAGCCUAUUCCACCGCAGAGCUUUUGUAUUUGUGGUUCCCUCUGCCUGGGGUACCCUUCUCUCUGAUCUUCCCAAAACUAGCUCCUUCCUCAUUUGGUCUUAGGCUCAAAUGAUAGUCCUCAAAAAUGCCUCCCUGACCACUGUAACUAAAGUAGUCCCUAUCAGUAGGCCAAUAACUCUCUUAUAUCACUCUGUUUAUCUGUCUAGUUAUUUAUUACCUUGUAAAAUCAUCUUCCCUGUUUUCUUAUUUAUUAUGUGUAUCCCUCACUGUAUGUAAAUUGCAUCUAGAAUAGCAUCUGGAGCACUAAUUGACACACAGUGGGUAUCACUUAUUAUUCCAGGUACUAGAGAUACCUGGACCAUUAACUGAUAAAUAGAAGAUUCAUUUGUUGAGUGACUGAGGAUGACAGUCCCUGCUACCUUCAAGGAUCUGGAUGAUGGGGAGAAACAGAGAACACAGUGUGAGAAUACUGUGUUAAAGGAGAAAUUAGCAUUCUUGAAAAGGGAAUACAGCAAGACACUAGCCCGUCUUCAGCGUGCCCAAAGAGCUGAAAAGGUUAAGCAUUCUAUUAAGAAAACAGUAGAAGAACAAGAUUGUUUGUCCCAGCAGGAGCUCUCACCGCAGCUAAACCACUCAGAACCUAAAAAUAAAAUAUGUGUUUAUGACAAUUUACACAUCAAAACCCAUCUUGAUGAAGAAACUGGAGAAAAGACAUCUGUCACACUUGAUGUUGGGCCUGAGUCCUUUAACCCUGGAGAUGGCCCAGGAGGAUUACCUAUACACAGAACAGAUGACACCCAAGAACAUUUUCCCCACAGGGUCAGUGACCCUGAUGGUGAGCAAAAGCAGAAGCUGCCAGGGAGAAGAAAGCAGCAGCAGAAGAGAACAUUUAUUUCACAAGAGAGAGACUGUGUCUUUGGCACUGAUUCACUCAGACUGUCUGGGAAAAGACUAAAGGAACAGGAAGAAACCAGUAGCAAAAAUCCUGCUAGAUCACCAGUAACUGAAAUAAGAACUCACCUUUUAAGUCUUAAGUCUGAACUUCCAGAUUCUCCAGAACCAGUUACAGAAACUAAUGAAGACAGUGUAUUCAUUCCACCAACUGCCCAACCAGAAAAAGGUGUGGAUACACUCCCAAAAAGACCUGAUUUCACCAGGGCGACUACAGUUCCUUUACAGACUCCAACAGAUAGCAGUAGUAGUCAGCACCUUGAACACAUUCCUCCCAAAGGCAGCAGUGAACUUACUACUCACGGCCUAAAAAACAUUAGAUUUACUUCAUCUGUAAGUUUGGAGGCACAAGACAAAAAAGUGACUGUCCCUACAGAUAACCUCGUUGUAAACAAAGCUGUAAGUAAAAGUGGCCAACUGCCCACAAGUUCUAAUUUAGAGGCAGGUAUUUCAUGUUCUCUAAAUGAACUCACUCACAAUAACUUGCCAGCAAAUGAAAAUCAAAACUUAGAACAAAAUCAUACAGAGAAAUCUUUAAAAUCUCCCAGUGACGCUCUUGAUGGUAGAAAUGAAAAUCUUCAGGAAAACGAGAUUCUAAGUCAACCUAAGAGUCUUAGCCUGGAAGCAACCUCUCUUCUUUCUGCAGAAAAACAUUCUUGCACAAUGCCUGAAGGCCUUCUGUUUCCUGCAGAAUACUAUGUUAGAACAACACGAAGCAUGUCCAAUUGCCAGAGAAAAGUAACCCUGGAGGCUGUCAUUCAGAGUCAUUUGGAUGUCAAGAAAAAAGGGUUUAAAAAUAAAAAUAAGGAUGCAAGUAAAAAUUUAAACCUUUCCAAUGAGGAAACUGACCAAAGUGAAAUUAGGAUGUCUGACACAUGCACAGGACAACCAAGUUCAAGAACUUCUCAGAAACUUCUCUCAUUAACUAAAGUCAGCUCUCCCGCUGGGCCCACUGAAGAUAAUGACUUGUCUAGGAAGGCAGUUGCCCAGGAACCUAGUAGAAGAUACAGAGGAAAAAGAAAAUCAGCCUGCACCCCAGCAUCAGAUCAUUGUGAACCACUUUUGCCAGCUUGCAACCCAUCGGUUAUUAACAGGUCCAAGGAGGAAGUCACCUCACAUAAAUAUCAGAACAAAAAAGCAGUUACUCAAGUGAAAGGGAAGAAAAGUCAUCAAAAAGAGGAUUCCCUUUCUUGGAGUAAUAGUGCUUAUUUAUCCUUGGAUAAUGAUGCUUUCACGGAUUCAUUUCAUAAGGAUGGAAUGCUGAGCUUAAAGCAACUACUGUCUUUUCUCAGUAUCACAGACUUUCAGUUACCUGAUGAAGACUUUGGACCUCUUAAGCUUGAAAAACUGAAGUCUUGCUCAGAAAAACCAGUGGAGCCCUUUGAAUCAAACAUGUUUGGAGAGAGACAUCUUAAAGAGGGAAAUUGUAUUUUUCCAGAGGAACUGAGUCCUAAACGCAUGAAUACAGAAAUGGAGGACUUAGAAGAGGACCUUAUUGUUCUGCCAGGAAAAUCACAUCCCAAAAGGCCAAACCCACAAAGCCAGCAUACAAAGACAGGCCUUUCUUCAUCCAUAUUACUUUAUACGCCUUUAAAUACAGUUGCGCUUGAUGAUAAUGACAGGCCUACUGCAGACAUGUGUUCACCUCUUUUCCCUAUCUUAGGCACUACUCCAGCCUUUGGUCCUCAAGGCUCCUAUGAAAAAGCUUCCACAGAGGUCGCUGGACAAACUUGCCGCACACCCCAACUUGCUCAUUUGAAAGACUCAGUCUGUCUUGCCAGUGAUAGUAAACAAUUCGACAGUUCAAGCAGUCCAGCAAAACCACAUACCACCCUGCAGGUGUCAGGCAGGCAAGGACAACCUACCUGUGACUGUGACUCUACCCUGCCGGGAACACCUCCACCCAUUGAGUCAUUCACUUUUAAAGAAAAUCAGCUCUGUGGAAACACAUGCCAGGAGUUGCAUAAACAUUCCGUCGAACAGACUGAAACAGCAGAGCUUCCUGCUUCUGAUAGCAUAAACCCAGGCUACCUACAAUUGGUUUCAAAGUUAAAGAAUCCUUCAGGUUCCUGUUCCGUAGAUGUGAGUGCCAUGUUUUGGGAAAGAGCCGGUUGUAAAGAGCCAUGUAUCAUAACUGCUUGCGAGGAUGUAGUUUCUCUUUGGAAAGCUCUGGAUGCUUGGCAGUGGGAAAAACUUUAUACUUGGCACUUCACAGAGGUUCCAGUAUUACAGAUAGUUCCAGUGCCUGAUGUGUAUAAUCUUGUGUGUGUAGCUUUGGGAAAUUUGGAAAUCAGAGAGAUCAGGGCAUUGCUUUGUUCCUCUGAUGAUGAAAGUGAAAAGCAAGUACUACUGAAGUCUGGAAAUAUAAAAGCUGUGCUUGGCCUGACAAAGAGGAGGCUAGUUAGUAGCAGUGGGACCCUUUCUGAUCAACAAGUAGAAGUCAUGACAUUUGCAGAAGAUGGAGGAGGCAAAGAAAACCAAUUUUUGAUGCCCCCUGAGGAGACUAUAUUAACUUUUGCCGAGGUCCAAGGGAUGCAAGAAGCUCUCCUUGGUACUACUGUUAUGAACAACAUUGUUAUUUGGAAUUUAAAAACUGGUCAGCUCUUGAAAAAGAUGCACAUUGAUGAUUCUUACCAAGCGUCAGUCUGUCACAAAGCCUAUUCUGAAAUGGGGCUUCUGUUUAUUGUCCUGAGUCAUCCCUGUGCCAAAGAGAGUGAGUCGUUGCAAAGCCCUGUGUUUCAGCUGAUUGUGAUUAACCCUAAGACGACUCUCAGUGUGGGUGUGAUGCUGUACUGUCUUCCUCCAGGGCAGGCUGGCAGGCAAGUGUUCCUGGAAGGUGACGUGAAAGAUCAUUGUGCAGCAGCAAUCUUGACUUCUGGAACAAUCGCCAUUUGGGACUUACUUCUCGGUCAGUGUACUGCCCUCCUCCCACCUAUCUCUGACCAACAUUGGUCUUUUGUGAAGUGGUCAGGUACAGACUCUCAUUUGCUGGCUGGACAAAAAGAUGGAAAUAUAUUUGUAUACCGCUACUCAUAAGUUAGGGUAAAGCGAAAACACAAUUUUCUGGAUAUAUGGGGCCUCUUAGUAUUUUUUGGAGUUUUAAAUAUAAAGGAGAAUAUCUGAAUGACAUUAAAAAUAAUUACUUGUAUAUGUCCAGACAGACUUAUUUUUUAUUCUGAUGAUGGUAGCACCACUGAUCUUGGAUGUACAUUUAUGUUUACUUUGAGAAAAAGGGUUUUAGGUUGAUUUUUGUAAUUCCCCACAUUUGUACAUGUGCUUUUAAAGGUGUACAUAAAGCUUCAAAUGGCAAUAAAUAUUUAUUUUUAUACAUUC